CUGGAGCUCCAUGACUAUUUCGAUAUACAUAUAUCUUAAAAUACGAUUUAAAAGUAUCAGUGUGGUUGUAAAAAGCGGACAAGAAUCAAAUUUAGUAAAAAAUGAACUUUAUACUACCACACGAAUUUGCAACGGCAGUGACAUUCUUAUGCUUUUCGCGGACUAUCACAGCAGAAACUGCAGAUAAUGCUGAAAUUUUUAUUGAUACAGACUUUUCUCGCGCUUCUAACAGGCGUGUCGUUCCGUUCUCCAUGGAGGCUGUGUAUACACCAAAGUUUGCAAUGGAUAUCGAAACGUCCGAUCCCGAUUACCGGUCCAUUUCGAAGUCGGAUUUGUCAUAUCAUAUUGUACACCCCGAUCGUGCGCAAUUGUCUGUGGAUGAUGUAAAUCAGUUGCGCUCAGAAGGAAAGAUCGUUUUAGCUUACCUGUCCGUCGGUGAAGCCGAAGUAUGGCUGGACUAUUGGCGGGAAGACUGGAUUCCCGGCGUCAUACCCUUAUUUCUGGAGCGCGUUAACGACAGGUUUCGCGACCGAUACAAAAUCAGAUUUUGGAUGGAAGAAUGGCAAGAAAUUCUAUUAAACUACAUGGAAAAUCACAUUCUGCGGAAAGGUUAUUCCGGUCUGUAUCUGGACGCUGUGGACGUGUAUACACAUUUUCUUGCUGAAGGCAACCGACCUGCCGCGGCCGACGAUAUGAUCCAGCUGGUCGGCCGCAUCCGACGCUGGGGCCAGUCGCUCAACAGCGAUCUGCUGGUGUUUGUGAACAAUGCGGUGGAACUGUAUGGUAACGCGGAUUAUGUCUCAAUGGUUGAUGGUCUGGUCGCACAGGAUACGUGGUACAGAGACAAUAUCCCCUUGCGAAAUGUCGACGCCGAACACACAGACACCGUGGUGAGGUUCUUGCGGUCAGCCAGAAACGAUGGCAAGCCAGUUUUGGCGGUGGAUUAUCCCACAGAGACCGAAAAGAUUUGCGAUUUCUAUGUGAAAUGUUCGACGGAAGCGUUUCGUUGUGCUGUGUUUGCAAAAGGCUUUCCGGGUGCGGUUAUCACACCAUUAACCUGUUGACCUUUUCCUUUACAGAACCAGCGAUUUUGUGUGCCGUAGUAUCGUACAAAAGUUUCGUUUUUAUGCUUCUAAAGGAGCUUUUAAAUUUCGAUGGAACAGCGUCAUGUACACUGACCAAGCGUUCAAAGCAGCACCCGAAAUAAAAGAUG